UGGUGUAUUUUAGUAGAAUGCGGCUUUCGGCUUUCUAGACAUGGUUGGAUUAGUAGUCGAAUUUACUAAUACGAAAAUUACAGUACUUUUAUGGUUAAAUAAUUAUUUUAUGAUUUGCUGAUUUUGGAAUAAGAUUUGAUGAUUUGUACGUCUUGACAGAUAUAUUGCCGGUAUGGGAUUGCAUCAAUAUUAAGUCCAAUUUUUCGAGUAAAAGUCAGAAGUGCGUGUAUUCAAAUUAGAUCAACUAUAUUAGUUAUUUUAGUGAUAUGUCGGAACACGGUUGCACCCAUUUCGUAGGUUUUGUCAAAGAGUUUGGGCUGGAAUCGUUCAGCGUUGUACACGCAUAUUUCAGUGUAUGUAUUAACAAAGAAGCCCGGCGUAGAAAAGCAUUGUCUUGUUUGUGCUACAAGUGCGGCAGUUCUGGUCCGCAACUAUAUUCGUGUCUGCACUGUAUAUUUUUCGGUUGCAAAGGCACUCACAUCAAUGAGCAUUGCAAGCUAACCAAGCACUACAUUGUACUGGAACUUUGCUAUGGUAUGAUCUUUUGCUAUCAAUGUAAAGAUUUUAUCUAUGACAACGAAUGUCAAGCAAUUGCUGAAAAACACAUUAAGAAAGAAGCAAAAAGCUUAAACAAGAGUUUAUCCUGGCGUCCGUGGUCGCCUUCGAAGCUUGAAAUUGAUUUGUUGCUGAAGAAUCCCAAACGGAGGCACGUGACUGCUUUUACCAGUAUUGGAUUGCGAGGACUACUAAAUCUUGGGUCGACGUGUUUCAUGAAUUGCAUUGUGCAGGCUUUGAUCCACACUCCACUACUAAGAGAUUAUUUCCUAUCCGAGCGUCAUGAGUGCCCUGCAAAGACGGCAGCCAAGUGUUUAGUAUGCGAGGUAUCUCGCUUGUUCCAAGAGUUCUAUUCUGGAGCCCGAGGGCCACUAUCAUUACACCGACUACUUCAUUUGAUCUGGAACCACGCCCGUCAUCUCGCUGGGUAUGAACAGCAAGAUGCGCAUGAGUUUUUCAUUGCUACUUUGGAUGUGCUGCACCGGCACUGUAAAAUAUCAAUGAACGAAAUGGCAGCGGAAAAGUCCAAACAUGCACAACAGCAACCACAUGAUACUAACCCAACCCAGUGUAACUGCAUCAUCGAUCAGAUUUUCACUGGUGGUCUUCAGAGCGACGUUGUUUGUCAAGCUUGCAACGGAGUAUCCACUACUAUCGAUCCUUUCUGGGAUAUUUCGUUGGAUUUAGGAGAAGCUCAGAAUCAGGGAUACGGCGGGCCACCGAAAUCGUUAAUCGACUGUUUGGAGCGUUUUACGCGAGCUGAACAUCUCGGAUCAAGUGCCAAAAUAAAAUGCUCCAGUUGCAAGAGCUAUCAGGAGUCCACUAAACAACUGUCAAUGCGAACACUGCCGAUCGUAGCUAGCUUCCAUUUGAAGCGGUUCGAGCAUUCUAGUCUGAUUGACAAAAAGAUCUCCACAUUCAUCUCAUUCCCUUCGGAGCUGGACAUGACACCAUUUAUGUCCAAAAAGAAGUCUGAACAACCUCAUUCGUCGUCAUCAACGUCAUCAUCCCCGCCGAAAUCUUCAAAAAGCUCUUCGGAUCGGAAACAUAGCAGCAGCGGGAGCAGUCAGAGUAAUGACGAAAAUUCUGCCGGUCCAUCGCACCACGAUGUGGGUGAUUUCCGCUACUCGCUGUACGCCGUGAUCAAUCACGUGGGAACGCUAGACGCUGGCCAUUAUACGGCUUACGUUCGGCACCAGAAAGACAUUUGGGUUAAAUGCGAUGAUCACAUCAUAACGACUGCCACCCUCAAGCAGGUUCUGGAUAGCGAAGGCUAUUUAUUAUUUUAUCAUAAGAAGAUUUUGGAAUACGAGUAAUCAAUUAAAUUGAACAUCGUUGGAUUCAAUGGUGAUAAGUACUGCGGUCGUUGAGUCCGAAAUCGCUAAAAAAAAGUGUGAUUUAGAACAUAAAUCUUCUGUAAUGAUUUUGAUUAAAAAUAUACUUUAUUG